AAAUCACAGUGUGCCGACAGGAAGCCUCGUUCCCAGGUUUAUCUGUGUUAAGAGAUCUUGCGGCUUGACUGUCUCUUUCAUUCUUGUCUUGUCAAACCCAUCCAGUGAAACGGUUUCGCUCGGAUACCUUUUUUUCUUGUCGCCCGGGAUUCUAUCCAAACUUGAGCUCCCAUACCAUGAGCCGAUGCUGGAUGGUACACGUCUUUGGAAGACUGUUGUUGGCAUCAUUCUUCUGGAGGAGGACGAGCAAUCCAUCGGGAUGAAGAGUGCGCUAACUACCAUUUCAUUUCUCAUCUUGUUACUGCUGCCCCAGGUGGCAGCUAACUUUGGUGGUGAUGGACCUCGCAUUGACUUUGGGACCCUUGGAGGUGCAAAAUUGUCCAUUCCAGAUGUAUUUGGUGUUUGCAAACUCCUACAAUCACUCUGUCUCCAAACGCCCACGUCUGCUGCUGCUUCUGCUGCCAACACGAUGGCACCCACUCCGGCUCCCACUGGCCCUUUGAUCCUGCCGAAAAGUGGUUGGGAGAUUACGGAUGUCACGAUUCGGCAUUGA